AUUUUCAACUUAUAUUCCAUGUAAAUUGGCGUUCUCUUCCGUUUUUCUGAUGUCCACAAUGCCACGGAAAAUAAAACAGCAACCCUAUCGUGUGCGUAAAGAAAAGGACAAAGUAAGGACAGCCAAAAACAGAAGAAAACGCAAUGAAAUUCUAGCUCUGGAUCAGCCAGUUCAUGAACAAAUAAGAGCAAAAUCUGAAAAAGAGGAACUGGCUGGAUCAACAUAUGACAAUAAUCAGCAUGUGGAAUCAACACCAAAUUACAACCAACAUACAGGAUCAACAUCUGAUCAAUAUAAGUCUUCAGGUUGUUACAAUGCUGACAUGAAUUUAAUGAAGGAGGAUUAUGAUCAUAUGGGACCAGGACUUAUAGGUUUUGAAAUUGCUUCAAAGCUAAACAGCACACCAAAAGCAUACCAGACUGUAAGCACUAGCCACGAAAAAAAGCGAACUCGGGGGAGACCUUCAAAGUACCAUAUAGAAUGGGAAAAAGAUAACGGAACACCAAAGGAACCUAAUCCAAAUGUUGUACAAUGUUGUUUGUGCUUUAGGAACCUGUUGUUUGGCUGUAAUGGGCAAAAAGUCUUUAAACGACACAAGCACUUUGAAAAAGAUAAUGUUAUCUGCUCAUCAUGCGAAAAAACUUCUGAUGUGGAUUCGUUAGCUCAGAAAACGAAACCUUCACAGAACACAUAUGAGAAAUUAGAGCAAUUGAAUGAGUCAAUGCCAGGAUCAAUUAAACCUGUAACAAAGGUUGUGUAUAUAGUACGGCCACCCAGUGAACAUGACAAACUCAUUGUUAAAAAGCCAAGAGUUUAUAAGAAAAGGCGUACACCAUCAAAGCUACCAAAUAAUGACAACUUUGAGCCAACUUCCUUUGAUUUUACAGGUGUAGGAGGUUUAGGAGGAGAGGCUUCUAGCUCCUAUAGAAAUACAUAUAACAGUAAUCAUUCAUCACCAACCACAAUGCAUAUAGGCCAGUCACAAUACAAGUUAAGAUUUGACACCCAUUCAAAUUACAAUGAAGAUGACGAUGAUUCUAAUGAGGAGGAGGAAGAUGAACAUGAUGAUUGUGAUGAACGAGUAGAAAACCACUCAAGUGGAAAGAUGUAUGUCAAGAUUGGAAAACGAGUCAAAUCAGGGAAAAGUUGUUUAAUUUCACAAUCUUCAGCAGCUUUAAGGAAACACCAAGAUAUGGCAUGCGACAUCAGUGAUCAAGAGUUUGAUAACUACCCAGGAAAUGAAAUAAAGAGUGAACCAGUUGACCCAGAAUUUGAUCUUCUGCACUCAAAUUCACAGCAUCAGACAAAUCCUGAGACUGAUGUCAAAAUAGAAAGUGUUGACUCAGAAUAUGAACGUUUUAGUCAUCAGGCUUAUGUCAAUCAUGGUUCACUGGCAGAGCAGUCUGCACAGAGUCAGUUUGUGAAUGAGGACAAUGCCGGAAUGACUGGCAAUAUUGACCAUGCGUUUGAAGUUUCUGAAAAAGAUCCUUGUUCAAGAGAACAUUCACAUCAAACAGAUAUUAAUCGUGAGUCAGUAAAAGAACAGCCUUCACAGUCCCAAAAUCUUGCUUACAUUUAUCUUUCUAAAGAAGAAGAUACUCCAGUACCUAAACCUGUUCCAGAAGUUAAAAAUUAUGAUUCUCCUGAUCAUUGUGUAGCUGUAAUUCCAGUUUUGGACACCGAAGUUUACGUCAAGAAAGAAAUAGAUUCUGAUUAAGAUUUAUCGUGCGUUUUACGUUGACAUGGAAACAAAUGACAAUAUCACAAUUACAAAUUUUACAUGUAAAUGACUUCAUACUUGUUUUGAUACAAGCCUUAAAAAUCACCAAUAACUCAGAAAAAUUUGAUUUAUGAUAACUUGAAAUCAAAGUAAAUCUCAGAUGUCUAGAAUGUAACAUGAUUCAGAAAGUUUGGAAGGCUGUAGAAUAAAAAAAAUUGUUUGUCCAGAAAGUCUGACAUUUAUACUUAACCAGGAAUUUCAAGUUAACAGAUCUAACCUACUGCCAGUUUAAUUUGCGACAGAAAAAAAGGCCACCGACUGAAGAACUACAUGUACAAGUUCAUGGAUGUUGAUGCUUGUGUCCAUGAACUACAAACACACUAUGCAUACAUUGGUAGCAGCUCUUGAUCAGCAAUCUGUUAUAAUGAAAGCUUCAACACCCCUGAUGCAUUUUGUGGAUCUGUCAAGUAAAAUCUUGUCAUUCCCAGAGCUGGUUCUUGAAUUGGGACAUUGUCUUCAGAUGAAAUCCUAUGAUUGAAGUAGAAAGAUGUGAAACUACCUCCUGCAGACCUGGAAAAGUUAAUUAGGAAAGGAAUGUGAAAGUGUGAAAGCAUCUACUUAAAAUUCCGAUGUUUAUACUGAUUGCAUAAUAACAAAAUGUCAUUUUACAUUCAAAAUCUUAUUACCAGUAAAUACUUGCAUCAAAUUAAUUCAUCAGCAUAUUGGGCAUCAAUAUAAAAAGAUAUUCAACAAUGUAUAACGACCUGGAUUGACAUUUGAUAUUAAAUAUACUUGCCAUUGCCAUCAUGUAAUAGUAUAAUGACCUACAUUGAGUUAGAUUGAACUAACAGACAGCUAACUUUAAAUUAGUAACAAAAACAGUUGCUGAUCCAAUAUCCAAAGCAAUAUUUUUGGACCUCACAUUUUCCUUGUAUUUGGUCAUUUUGCUAAAUAAUUUCAACUAUUUUUACUUAUAUAUAUGUGUAACAUUGUGCCGGAUGAUAUGUUGUAUAUGGAAUUAAUGAUGUGUACAUGUACGUAGAUAUUUUUGAAGAAUUUCUAGGUGAGGGCCUAUUAUACAUAUGAUAGUGUGUAGACGUCGAGAGUAGGCACAACACGAAGCAGUUCCGGUCCAAUGCACGAUUUAUUCAUACUAAGAGUUGUUUACAUGUUUCGGAUCUAAGUGAUCCGUCAUCUGAUGACUCUUAGCAGGAAUAAAUCUCUCGAUGUCUAUUCUACUUAUUUAUAGUGGAUACCCUGUAUCCUUUUGGAUCCAUGACUGUUCCCGAAAGGAAUUUCCUGAUUUCACUGAUUGCGGGAUGUUGUGUCUUUACCCCCCAGUUGUUGAUAUGAUAGUGUGUGUAAAGUUCAUUGCCUGCCAAAAUUGGUCUGGAGUAUCAGAUAUUUCCAUAGAGCUAAAAGUUUAAAGUUUUUUUUUUUCAAUGACAGUUUGCAAUUCGACAGCAGUAAAUAGGAGCACCUUGUGUUUUCAACUUCUACCCAAAAUCCUCCAGUUCAAAAGUAAUGUUAAUUUCAACUUUUUAUCAUUUUGUACAAAUAUGGAUUUGUGGAUUAAUAUUACCCAGCAAAGUUGUGAAAAUAAAACCACCAGUUCACUUUACUAGGGCUUAACAUUUUCCUGUCUACCAGCAAAUUAUAUCAGUUUAAAAUGACCAUUGUUGACAGGGUGACUGAUCAAUAUAAACACACAUACUGUUAAAAACAUUUCAUCUGGCUGUCUCCAUACUAUUUUAAACAUAUCCUGUGUAUUACAUGUAUGUAUACUGUAAAAUGAUUAUUUUUUGUGGGGGAUUUAUUUUUGUUUAAUCUGUAGGUACUCUAAAUCCAUGAAAUCGUAUACAGAUAGAAGCUUGACAUGCAAUAUAGUACCAAUUGAUUUUGUGAGCAAAUUAAAGUCAAGUGUCAACAAAAAUGUAUAAUUUUGGAAAACCACAAAAUUUGAGCCUCAUGAAAAUUUAUGAUUUUGCAGUAUAUCUCUUAAACAAAGUUAUGGAGUUAAGAUAUGUAUUUUAAACUGUUUCUUACAAUCAUACUGCUGCAGGAUGGCAUUUAAUUGGCAAUUGUAGUUUCUUAACAUACAUGUAUGUUACUAGAAGUUAGUCUGUCUUGUGUUGAAGAAGUAUUUUUGAUCAUGUCAUUGUACACAUGAAAUCUUAACUUUGAAAGUACUAACCUACUUUCAUUUAACUCUUUGAUAAAUUGAUUAUUUUUACCAUUGUUGAUGAAUGAUUGUGUUGAAUUUUAACUUUAUUUAUUUAUUUGAAAUAUUUAUUACUUUGAAAAUAAUUAAAGAACUGAAGAACCGAGGAGACGGUGGCUUAUUCCUGUUAAUGCAUGGGAAUGACAUUUAUUGUACUAAUAUUUUUCUGAAUAAUUUUCUGAAAGUUAUUCUAAAACUUAGAGAAGGCUUCAAACUAUUUCAUGCCUCUGCCUCCAUUUUAUUAGAGAAGAGGGAAGAAAAAGCGGUCAACAGUCAAGGUUAAAGGGUUAAAGGUCAAAUUUCUGCAAAGUCCUCAAACACUGAUACUUAUAUGCAUGGGAUUGGGGGCACUCAUGUCUAUAAGACAUUUUCUAGUUUCAUUUUGUUAAGUUGAUUUACAGGAAAAUAGCUUUCUAUGACAUGUAUUUUGUAUGUGAUAGAAAACUACUUGUUAGCCUUAAAGAUUAAUUUUAAUCUUGCAUUGAGUCUUUAUUUCUGUAAAACACCAAGACAGAAGUAGCUGCUUUUUGUCAAGUAGUUCUUGAAUUCUUGUUAAUUUGGUUUUCAAAUCAUAUCCUUGCUACAGCAUUCUCCUGUCCAUGUAUGAAUGUUGAUCAAAUAUUGAAGUUCAAGUCCUAGGUGUACAUUGUACAUGUACCAAGGUAUCAUGAGAUUCGUAAUAAAUUCAAUUUACUGGUAAUGUCAUCACUA